UAGCAGCCUUCACAUCACUGCAAAUCCUCCGAAGAUGGCAAGAAAUCGAACGAUUACGUUGCUUACCUUCGGCUUCGUUUUAUGCUUCUCUCUGCUUCUCUCUUCUUCGGCGUUUCAAUCCGACGAGCUUCAAGACGACGAGGAAUUCGGUCUUGAAGGGGGAAGAGCACUUGAUCUCGAUUAUGUAAACCCUAAAAAAUCUCCUCCUCUCAGAAAGAGAUCCUCCUCCGAUCAAGACUCUGAUUCGAAGGUCCAUUUCGUGCUUGAACAUGCGUUCAGUGACUCUGAUUUCUCGCCUGCAGGAACCUUUACAGCUCGCCUCAAGACUUGGAGUCAUGGAGGACAGACUCUCACCAAACUUCGGUUUUCACGGAGUGGUUUCAGUGAAACAGAGAAUGAAGAAUUUAAAAAACUGUUGGAAAAUGACGACUUCUAUAGGAUAAGGGUACCAUCAAACGUGUUGAGCCCUCCUGGGAGGGAUUACAUUAUUUCUUCGGUCAAAGCAAGGUGUCUACCAAGAGAGACGCUGGAUGAGCAUUUUGUCAUUCACAUGGAAGGAGUGAACAUUUUGGCUGUUAAUUAUGGUUCUCCUGGGGCAUGCCAGUAUCCUCGGCCACUGAAACUUCCAGCGAAGUGGUCGUUUAACUCCCACACGGUCUUGAAGAACAGUGAGCAGGCACCAAGAGCUCCAGCUUUUGUAGAAGAAACUCUUGUUGGGGAGAAUGGAGAGGGUGAAGGUAUAAAGCCACCAGAGAAAUCCUUUUGGGCAAAAUACUGGAUGUAUCUUAUUCCUCUGGGACUUAUUGUCAUGAAUACCGUUACCCAAGCUAUGAACAUGCCUGAGGAACAGGCGAGUGGACAGGCAAGCUCCCAAACACAGACAGCACAACAGCGGCCCCCAGGUUCUGCUGUGCGAAGAAGAUGAAAGCUAGAGACCAUUUACAUAGAACCCACCUGAAGUAAAGGUUACAUCAUUCAAGGGCCGACCCUCACACACCAUUCACCUCCAUGGAUCUUCAGACUUGUGCCCAAAAUCCAUCAGAGAAGGUUUUAGAAAUCUUGAGAUCUGUGUUUGGAAACUUAAUCCAAUUGGAAACUUCAUCAGAUCCAACUUUACCUUGUAAUAAUUUUUUGACAUUUUUUCACGAUUUUUCUAAGGUUCACUACAAGUAUUUGCCUGGGGACUGUUUUUCUUCUUACCAGACCAAUUAUGAUUUAUGUACGCUGAUGUAAUAACUUGAUAAACCUAUAACCAUGUUCUAUCUUUGAUAUUAGGGAUGUCAUUCUUG